AUGGCAUGGCAUCAUUUGGAUAUCGAUAAGCCUCACCUGGCGUACAUGAUCCUGGGGGGCUUCACCGGUCUCUUUAUGCUCUGCUCCCUGUUUGUCAAGGAGAAGCUGUACAUCGGUGAGGCAACAGUGGCGACACUCUGUGGUAUUAUUUUUGGGCCCCAUGCAGCGAAUCUUUUCAAUCCCUUGGAAUGGGGAAAUGUCGAUAAGAUCACACUCGAAUGCUCUCGUAUCGUUUUGGUCGUGCAAUGUUUUGCCGUCGGUGUCGAAUUGCCCAAGGCUUACAUGGAACGUCACUGGAGAUCUGUUUUCCUUCUGUUGGUGCCAGUCAUGACCUGGGGUUGGUUGAUCACAAGCUUGUUUAUCUGGUGGAUGGUGCCUCUUUCUUGGAUCGAGGCUUUAGUCUGUGCCGCCUGCGUAACGGCCACUGACCCUGUACUGGCGUCCUCCGUCGUCGGUAAGGGUAAAUUUUCCAAGCGGGUCCCUAAGCAUUUGCGAGAUCUGCUCUCCGCCGAGUCCGGCUGCAAUGACGGCAUGGCUUUCCCAUUUAUAUACCUGUCAUACUACAUUCUACGGUACCGUCCCGAUGCGAACAAGGUGGCUCUAAACUGGAUCUGUGUCACCAUUUUAUACGAGUGCAUCCUGGGCGCGAUCUUCGGGUUUACCAUUGGAUAUGCCGCCCGGCAUGCCAUCAAAUUUGCCGAGCGCAAGCAGCUUAUUGACCGCGAAAGCUUUUUGGUGUUUUAUUUCGUGCUGGCCGUCUUUUGUGCGGGCUCCGGGGCCUUGCUGGGCAUGGAUGACCUGUUGAUCGGCUUCGCAUGCGGCGUCGGCUUCAGUAACGACGGCUGGUUUACGGAGAAGACGGAAGAAUCUCACGUCUCCAACGUGAUUGACCUUUUACUCAAUUUGGCCUACUUUGUCUACUUUGGGUCCAUUAUUCCCUGGGCGGACUUCAACAACCCCGCCAUUGGCCUUACCCCCUGGAGGCUGGUAGUGAUCGCCCUCCUCGUCAUUUUUUUCCGCCGGAUUCCCAUCAUGCUGCUUUUGAAGCCCAUCAUACCAGACGUGAAAACAUGGCGCGAGGCCCUAUUUGCGGGCCACUUUGGGCCCAUCGGUGUCGGGGCAAUUUUUGCCGCCAUCUUGGCUAGAGCCGAGCUGGAAAACGACAGCACUCAACCCCUCUCAGCCGACCAACUGCCCAAAGCCGGAACGGCUAAUUAUUAUGUUGUGCAACUCAUUUGGCCGAUCACCACCUUCAUGGUAAUCUCAUCCAUCUUGGUGCACGGAUCGUCCAUUGCGGUGUUCACUCUCGGAAAACGCAUCAACACCUUGACUAUCACGCUAUCCUACACAACAGCCAACGAGGAGGGACCAUCUUGGAUGAACCGUCUGCCUCGAGUGCAGUCACUGGCGAAAGGCUCCAUGUCCUUUCGCAAAGCAGAUGAGCUGGAAGACUCUUCCAAGGAGCCGGAAUAUGCCCCCGGCACUCUGCCUCCCGUUGGUGUCCCUGGUAAUUUCCUGCGCCGAGUGCAGGAUGAAGAUAGCGAAUCACCGACAGGAAGGAUGUCUAGCCGCAGACCCCGCCGCCGCCGUAGACGUCGCGAUGCCGGGGCCGGUGGUCUUAUCACCCAAUCCGCUAUUGCACCUCAACGCUCUUACGAUGCAGAAGAAGACAAGACAAAGGAUGAGGAAGAACAGGCCGAACGAGACAAGAUUGAGCAUGGUGUGUACCCGCUCUCUAAAGAACGCAAGAAGUUCGGACGUGAGCCGGCCAUCAGAGUGUAUCUGGAAGGACACCAUAUGAUUGUGGAAGACGAGGAGGGAAAUGUCCUCAGGACCGAAGAUAUCAGUCACCAGUCUCCCGAAGAACAGCAGCAACAUAUUGAAGAAGAACGAAGAAAGUUGCAGCAAGAGAAGUUAGCCGAGCUUGCCAAGUCCACGAGCCCACCCAAUGGCAAGACGAAGGGGAGCGACGUCCCAGAAGCAGGCGAGGAUAAGUCUGCGCUUGAAAAGGCGCGCAAACGGUUCGGCGAAUGGAUGGGCUUUGGCAAGAGUCGCACUGCUGAUGAGGGCAAAGAUACCGGACAGGUUGCUGUCGGGAAGGGAGAAGGACCAGCAGCUCCCAAACCACCGAAGCCAAAAGCUCGCUCGGCUCAUGCGUACCAGUUUGGAAACACCAUCAUUGUCGAGGACGAGGAUGGAGAGGUUAUUAAGAAAUAUUCCAUUCCUUCCACCUCAGACAAACCCGAUGCUGGUACUCAUGCACCAGUGCGGCGUGGUAUUACGCGCAUGGGAACCUGGUUUGGCGUUGAGGAAGGCGAGUCCUCCCAGGCCGCCCGAGCUAAGAAAGCAGAGGAAGACGAAUGGCUUGCUGAUGAUGGCCUUCGUUUCACGGUGGCUGAUGACGAUGACGUCGGCAAGAACGGUUUCCGUCACAAGGGUCAUAGGAUGAACAAGCACGAGUUUGUCCAGCAACUUCGCAAUCUCGGUCCCAAGGCUCGUCGCGAUUUAGUUGAGGAGGCCGUUGCUACUGAGAGAGUCAAGCACGUUGUACAAGGCAAGGCCAAGGAGGCUGAACAACAAGAGCGCCAGAGGUCUCUUGGUGGAGAGCCUGCGCAGCAAGUACGGGUUACCGAACGGGACGACGACGAAUUCACUUCCGAGAGCGAGUUCAGCGAUGACGGAUCAGACAGGGUAGUUCCAGGCGACAAUGUAGCUGCUUCUUUGGCUCGCUUUACCCGAGGAUCUGCCGCCGACGAACGCCGCACCACCGCUAUUAGUCCAGCCACUCGGCAUCGGUCGCGCAGAGACUCUGAGGACGAUGGUACGGAGCGGGUUCCACCAUCGCAGUUAAGAGAAGCAGCGGGUCUGUCAUGCCCUCAUCAGCAAGCAAGUCUGGACGACACUGGCGAAACGCCGGCUGAACGUCGCCGCCGCCUGGCUGCUCUUGGUGAAUUGGACAACUCAGACAACCCGGACGAAUCUGACGAUCCAGAUGCUGCAGUGCAUGACUCUGGCAGUGAUGAUAAUGGCGAGAGUCUCCAGGCCGCGAACAGAGUUCAGUUCGCGGACGGCACGAAGCCUGCAGGAAGCUCGAGCGAGGAUAAUGCUCCUGGUACCUCAAACUCCAAAUCUAGUGGCGCACAUCGACCUCGAAUAUCAUGGGGAGGCGAAAAGGGCCGGCAGACCUGA